AAGUUAAAAAAUAUAGUGAGGGGGCCUAUCAUUUUUUUUUAUUUCUUUUUAUUUGACAUUUCCAUAAUGAUGUUAUUUAAAUUACGGCAUGUAACUUAUAUUCAACGGCCUUUCAUACUAACAAAACGUUAUAUUAAUAAUAUUACACCUGCUCGUGUUCGUUUUGCACCAAGUCCAACUGGUCAGCUUCAUUUGGGUGGUUUAAGAACAGCGCUUUUUAAUUAUUUACUUGCUAAAAAGACGGGUGGACAAUUCAUUCUUAGAAUUGAAGAUACUGACAAAGCUCGAUAUGUUGAAGGAGCUGUAGAAAGUCUUAUAAAAGCUUUGAAUUGGGCAGGCAUUAAUCAUGAUGAGGGGCCCAAUGUAGAAGGCCCAUAUUCGCCUUAUUAUCAAUCACAACGAACAGAAUUAUAUAGACAGUACGCUAAACAACUUGUAGAAUCAGGUCAUGCUUACCGAUGCUUUUGUACAUCAGAAAGAUUAACUCAAGUAAAAGAAACGCGACAAAAGCAAGGAAAUUAUAUUGCUUAUGAUAAACAUUGCUCAUAUCUUAGUGAAGAAGAAAUCAAAGAAAAUUUAGAAAAGAACUUGCCUUACACCAUUCGGCUUCGAACACCCUAUGAAGGAUUUAUUGAGCAUAAUGAUCUUGUGUAUGGGAGGAUAAAGUUUAGUCACAAGACAAUAGAUGAUACGAUUCUAAUAAAGAGUGAUGGCUAUCCAACCUAUCAUCUUGCAAAUGUUGUAGACGAUCAUACAAUGAAAAUCACUCACGUCUUAAGAGGAGAAGAAUGGUUAUCGUCUACACCAAAACAUAUAUUACUUUAUAAAGCAUUAAAUUGGAAACCACCCUAUUUUGCUCAUUUACCUCUGUUACUAAACCGAGAUGGUUCAAAGCUAUCAAAGCGUUCUGGAGAUGUUCAUGUAGAACAAUAUAUCGCUAAAGGUUAUUUACCUGAAGCUAUCAAUAAUUUUGUCGCACUUUUAGGUUGGCAUCCUAGUGGUGGAGGUCAUCAGCAACAAGAUGAAGCUUUGUUUACUAUUAAAGAAUUGAUUGAACAGUUUGAUAUAAAAGAUAUUAAUCAUUCAGGUGCCAUUGUUGAUCAUCAAAAAUUAAAUUGGAUUAAUAAACAUCAUAUUCUAAAACGAGCAGAAACAGAAGAAGGAGUUAAAAGCUUGGCAAAUAUAUUAAAGCCAUUUGUAGAUGAAUGCUAUUUAGGUCGACUGAAAGGCACCAAGUAUGAAUAUAGAUUAGAAUCAAAUUACCUUAUUAAGGUAAUUAGCACUAUCAAGGAACGCAUUCAUAAUCUAUCUGAUAUUCCUCAACUAUGUAAUUAUUAUUUUGAAAAACCCAAUUAUGAUUCUAAUGAAGCUACAAACCUGAAGAAAAAAAUAAAGCAGCCCGCUUUAGAUUUGGUAUCUUCAAAUAAAUUCAUAGAAGACUUUAACUUGAUUGAACCCUUUAAAUCAGACGUAAUAAAACCUUGGUUAUAUGCUUGUGCAGAAAACAAGAAAUUAAAUCCUAAUCAUAUUAUGAUGGCUUUACGGUAUGUUAUUACUGGAACAAAAGUCGGUGCUGGUGUUGCAGAAACAAUUGAAGUUCUUGGAAAAGAAACCGUAAUAAAUAGAUUAUUAAAUAGACAGUAAUAAUAAUAAAAUUAUAUAAAUAAAUACAUCGCAUUUAUUUUUAAAUUAUAAUAGUAAUAAUUAUAAUAAAAUAACUUAUUGAGCGCUCAAGAUGUCAGAGUCACCAGCAUCAGUGAUGGAGAGGACACUGGUACGGAAGAGCUUACCACAAGCAGUACCAAGAUCGAUGUUGUUACCAU